AUGUACAAAAUCAGGCUCGUCAAGGUGCCCUUGAGUUGCGAAAGAUACACGGGUGCGCUGAAACCCUUCCAAAGCUCUGUGUAUUGCGAUGACGCCUUGGGAAGACUAAUAGAGGAAGCCACGUGCGCUGGAAGUGGCAAGUUUCAAGAAAAUGGCAAUACGGGAGAGAAGCGCGGCGGUGACGGACAGUAUACUGAGGCACGACGGGAACUUCGAAAUCAGCCCGGGCUGCUCUCACUAGUAACCCGCGUGGUACUCCGCAUUGGAAGCAUGGAC